GUAUCAACAACUCCUCUCUGUUUUGUUUUGUACACCAUUUCAUCAGCCUGACGAACCGAAAAACCAAAAUGGCUUCGAGAUUGUUGUGUGCUUCUUCUAUGAUUGCUUCUCAUCUCAGGAUCUCCAUUUCCCAGCGAGGGUUUUCGUCUGUGGUAUUGAAGGAUCUGAAAUACGCGGAUUCACAUGAAUGGGUGAAGAUUGAAGGGAAUAAAGCGACGGUUGGUAUAACGGAUCAUGCUCAAGAGCAUUUGGGAGAUGUUGUCUAUGUAGAGUUGCCUGAUGUGGGACGUUCUGUGUCACAAGGUGAGAGUUUUGGAGCUGUUGAAAGUGUCAAAGCUACUAGUGAUAUCAAUUCCCCUGUCUCCGGUAAGGUCUUUCAAGUCAAUCAAAACCUCUCCGAGUCCCCUGCUUUGGUGAACUCGAGCCCAUAUGAACAAGGAUGGAUCAUAAAAGUGGAGCUUAGUGAUGCAGGUGAAGUGAAGAAACUGAUGGAUUCAGACAAGUACUCCAAGUUCUGCGAGGAAGAAGAUGCCAAGCACUGAGCCUUCUUCUUUUGUUCUGUUCUGUUCUAUUGGGGAAGCAUUACACUGUUCAGCAAGAUGGUCGGAUGAAUCCAUUUGUGUCCAUAGAUGAAACCAAAAAAAGAAGUCUCUCUCCUUCUCUUUGAUCUUUCAUGGAGUUUGUCUCUUUGUUUCUCAUUGGACUUCUUUGAACUAAUUUAGUUCAACUAAAUAAUAAUGAAGAAAAGGAAAAGAUUUUGAUA